UGUCAUCAGUGUCAAACACAAAAACACGUUUAUUUUGUUGUGAAAAAUCUCUCUCUUGCUAUUUCUGGGGCAAAAGGUCCAACACAUUGCCGUUCUACCAGUGCGUUGUACGAUAAAUCCAAUGCCAUGGCGCCCACAAUGACUAAUAGUAAAAAACAAAAGAAGCUUAACAAAAGCACCACACUUGCGGCAGACGGUAACAGCAUGGAAUUGGGGUCACCAUCGAUGGAGAACGGCGGCGAUAGCGCGGUGGAUGAUAAGGUUCGGAGCCUUUGCGAGCAUGGACAAAACGCUAUCGUUGCUGGCAUGAAAGCGGCAAACGUGAUGCCGUCGGGACGGUCGCGCGACCUUUACGCCUCUCAUCCAGAGUUCAUCAAAAUCAUGGACACGCGGGCGAAUCAGGUGCUGCAUAUAAUAUCGAACAUUUUGCAGAUGCAGGGAGUACAGGGCAACAUUCUGCAACGCGAUCCGGACGAGCGGCUAGAAAUGAUUCACGAUUUUAACGACAACAUUCUGGAGCGGAUACACUUCAACUUGGACGAAAUGGCAGGCAUCCGCAAGACGGCGCCAACGGUGCUGGUUCAAUCGGAGGUUCAGGUUCCCGUGGUACCGCGCUAUCGACUGAGCGGCGCGUGGAACGAAAAACAGGCCCGUGAACCGGUUAAGGCUACGCUCAUCACGGGCACAAACAUUGCCCGGCCGCAGGCAAAAUUUAAGGUGCCAGUUGAUAAUUCACGCAUUAACCCGUUCGUGCCGACGAUACGCGAUAAACCAAACUCUCUGAAACCGCUGGCCGUGUUGCCGGAGUACGACAACGACGGCAACAUUGUAAGCUAUCUGCAUCCGUACGAGUUUGAGUUAGAUCACUUUCGGCCGGCAAAGAAUGUUUUUCAGCAUGUUACCCCACUGGAACCUCCGCUGCUGGAAGAAACCCCGCUGAUGUUUAUCGACAAACAGUCGCAGCUGGCGGAGCUGAUGCGUGAGUUAAAAGCAGCCAGCGAAAUAGCGAUCGAUUUGGAGCACCAUUCAUACCGGAGCUAUCUUGGAUUCACCUGCCUGAUGCAGCUAUCGACGCGCAGCAAGGACUACAUUGUGGACGCGUUAGCGCUUCGCGAAGAGCUGCACGUUCUGAACGAGGUGUUUACCGAUCCUAAAAAGUUGAAAGUGUUGCACGGUUCGAUCAGUGAUAUCGAAUGGUUGCAACGAGAUUUAGGGCUGUAUCUGGUAAACAUGUUCGACACCGGCGAGGCGGCACGAGUUUUACAAUUGUCCAGCAUUGGGCUGCAGUUCCUGCUGAAGCACUACUGCAACAUACACACGGACAAGGCGUUCCAGCUGGCCGACUGGCGCAUCCGUCCCAUCCCGGACAACUUCAUCCAGUACGCACGGAAGGACACGCACUAUCUGCUGUACAUUUACGACAGGAUGAAGAACGAGCUGCUGGACAAGGGAGAGGGCCUGCUGCAGACGGUGUACGACAAAUCAACGUUCAUCUGCAAGCAACGGUAUCAGAAACCCACCAUGAACGAGGAUCGCGUGAUGAACAUCUAUCGCCGCUCGCGAUACGUGUUUGAUCACCGCCAGAUGUACGCGUUCCGCGAAAUCCUGUACUGGCGUGACCAGAUGGCACGCCUGGAAGAUGAAUCGCCGGGAUAUGUACUGCCGCAGCAUAUGGCGUUCGAUAUUGCAUCGAAGCUGCCGCGUGAGAUUCAAGGAAUCAUAGCCUGCUGCACACCGGUCCCUUCGCUCGUGCGGCAGCAUCUGCACACACUGCACCAGAUCAUUCUGAAGGCACGAGAGCUGCCACCGGUGGUAGAUGGCAAUCAACCGCACACGAAGGAGCAACACGCGGACACGAGAUACAAAAUACAGACAGCGUUCGAUUUCGACAAUCCCUUGGUGUGUCCGCAUGACAAUGCAGGCCACACGGAUGCAGCCGGUGGCACCAAUCAUCCGACACUGCUCGGCGAUUUGACCAACACGCUGAAUGCAGUACGGCUAAUGCCACGGGUUGAUGCAAGCUUGCUGAAGGAGGUGCCUGAUUUGGGCGUUUUUGCAGCACCGACAAUUCAAACGAUAGACAGUCGCGGACGCGUCGGAUUGAAUGAAGAGGUCGUGGGUAAGGAGAAAUACGUGAAACUAUUAACAUUGCAUACGAAUGUUCCGCAAACCCAGGCAGGGAAUAAUGAAGCUAGCAAAUAUGAACGGAAUAAAUUCAAUACACCAUUCGAGCGGUAUCAGGAGACGUGCCGUUUGCGUCAACUAAACGAACGUAAAGAUGAAAAUCAUCAGAAGCAGCAACAGCAGUCCACUGUCCAGCAAAGCUCCGAACCGAUCGAUAGUGCCGCGCAACCGUUGCCAGGUCCGGCGACUGUAGUGGUGGUAAAGCAGGAAAGCAAAAAGCCACCAAUUCCACCACAUUUAAUGACGCAAAAUCAGCUAAAACGGUUGGAAGAAAUGAAUGCGCGUAAAGCCCUAGCGGCAGGGGAAAAGUUAAACUUCGAUGGAACUACAACCGUCACACAACGGCCUUCCGUUCCGACUGCCGCCAAUCAAUCACACGGUAAGCGCAAAUCCUUUCCAAUGGAAAUUAAUGUAAGCGGCAGCGGAGAAACUAUCGAGCAGAGCCUCGCGGGCGGAUCGGAGUCGGAACCGACGGCAGAAAGCGGAAGCAGGAAAGACAAACCGAGUAUGGCCCCGUACAGGGACGAAUCGAAAUCGGACGCUCACAAUGACAGCACUAAUUGGAACGAAAAGCGAGCAAAAACUAAGAAAGCUAAGCAACGUCAUCGGAACCUCAUGAAAUCGUCCAUCGGCCAGGGAUCGCACCAGUCGUCCAACAAACCGAUCGUCCCGUUCGAUUACAGCAAGGUCGACUUUAGCAGGUUCCGGGGUGGCUCCAAACCGCUCGCUGCUCCGCGCAAAGGAAAGCGUGGCGGUGGUGCUGUCGGUAACCUAACGCUGGCCAACGAUUCCGGAGAAGGUAGCAGCACCCUGAAGAAGUUACAUCCGAACAGUCGGAUAGCGAAGAACAUAAAGCAAACACAGAAGCUUUUUAACCUCAGCAGCAGCGGCAGCAGCAUGAAGCGGAAGUAGACUGUAGUAGUUAAUGGCAAAAUAAGGCCGUUUGAGCGAUAUAUCUUAUGAAAAUAAAAUGAAAAACAAACAAAGCGCCUUUUAUCAUAGCUCUUGUUUGGGACUGAUAGAAGCGUA